AAUCCAGCAACUCAAGCAAACCCUAUCACGGAGGAAGAGAAACGAGGCGGUGCGCCGGUGACGGUGACGCCACCCGUUUGGGACGGUUUGAUCUCUCAGAUACAACUUCUCUCCCAGAUCUAGAUCUACAGAACAAGGGCGAUCUCGAUUCGAAGCCGACCCGGUGGGAAAUGGGGUUGCUUUCCAACAGGAUCGAUAAGAGCAGCCUUAAAGCAGGGGAUCACAUAUAUUCAUGGCGCACCGCUUACAUUUAUGCUCAUCAUGGUAUCUAUGUUGGGGACAACACAGUUGUCCACUUCACCAGACACGGUCAAGAAGUGGGAACCGGGACAGUGUUGGAUCUCCUCCUGGUAAGUUCAGGACCGGCCCGGUCACACGUCCCUUGUGCCACCUGUACUCCUUCGUCAAGAGACGGCCACGGGGUCCAGUCCUCAUGCCUUGACUGCUUCCUCGCCGGCGGUGUUCUCUACCGGUUUGAAUACGGAGUCAACCCUACCCUCUUCAUCGCGAAAGCGCGCGGAGGAACUUGCUCCCUCGCGGUCCCGGACCCGGACGAGGAGGCGGUCCGCCGGGCGAAUCACCUCCUCAGAAACGGGUUCGGGUGCUACAACGUGUUCAAGAACAACUGCGAGGAUUUCGCCAUCUACUGCAAGACGGGGUUGCUCGCGGUCGGGCAGAGCGGGCAGGCGGUGUCCAUAAUCGGUGGCCCACUGGCGGCAGUUCUGUCGACGCCGAUGCGCCUCGUGACAACGAACAUUUACGGAAUGGCGAUUACCGCCGUCGGGGUGUACUGCGCCAGCCGAUAUGCCGCUGACAUUGGGGUGCGAAGAGACGCCGUGAAGGUGAGCGUGGAGGAUCUCACCGGGCAGUUAUCAACUUCCGUGUCCUUUCAUGCCGCCGUUGAACCAACUGUCCCUGCUUUGCCACCUACAAGCUAGCUAGCUAAUGUGUAUGUGUGUGUAAUAUAUGAGAUUAUAUUAUUUAUUACUAUGCAAUAUAACUUUUAUUUAAUUAAUGAUCCAACUUUUUAUAAUUUGAUUAUAAAUAAAUCAAAUUGAACUCUUUUCGUCCUAAAUUAUUUGUCAUUGUUUGCUUGUAGCGUCUAUUUGAUACUCUCACAAUUUAUUUAGUAACAAAUUGUGAGAAAAAUAUAUUUGGUUAUAAUUU